AUGGCGAUGCAGGAGGAGACCCCGUGGAUCGUUCACACCCUCACGGUUCCGAAGGGUUUGGUCGCCGCGGCGGGUGCCGUCGCGGCGAAGCGCGCCGUCGUCCGCGAGCAAGAGCGGCUCGCUCGGGAGAGCGCGAGGGCGCGGGGGGAACCCGUUUACGGCACUCGAAACUACGACUCUGAGGACGACUCGGACGACGUCGACACGCCGGGCGGGACGUCCCGUCCGGACACCGCCGCGCGCGCGGAGCGUCUCCUGGCGCGAAUGGGUUCGGCCACGACGCGGUCGUCGUCGCCGGCGGCGAAGCCUCCGGCGCCGGCUGGACCCGACGUCGAGAAGCUUCGCGAGCUGAGGCAGAGGCUCGAGGAGGCGGAGGAGGCGCUCAACGAGAACGCGAAGCGGGGAUCUGGGGUGGGCGGGGCGCUGGGUCAGAACGCCAUGCAGGAGAGCGAGGUUAUUCGCAUACCCUGGGAGGAACUGAGGACCAACCAGCGAGACGCGGCGAAGAUCGUCUCCAGGGUGGCGCAGCACGGCGGCGAGGCGUGCGCGCAAAUCUCGGUCAAGUUCAAGGACAGGUACCUCCCCGUGUUCGUCAACUUCCACUUCGGCUGGUCCUACCGCAUGGCCAACACCAUCACCAAAGGUGCGCCCCUGGGCGAGGCGAGGGACCAGGACAUGACCACGAAGGACACGCAGUUUCAGAUGGAGGGUUGGCCCCUCGACGCGUACACGAUGGUCUUUGCCACGCAGGCGGACGCGCUGAGCUACGCGCACUGGCACGCGCACAUAGGCGACCCGGCGUCACCGUCGCUGAUGAAAGCGGCGGGGGCGGAGUUCAAGCUCACAGAGGUGGCCUGCGCCAAGGACAUGGACUACCUCGCGGCGCUUCGAUGCAGAGUGGCGAGGUCGCUGGUGACGAGCGAACCGUUUGGGCUCAGCGCCCAGCUCUGUUGCGCCCACAUGGGGGUACCGAUGCUGACGCAGACGCUGCAGGACGCGAACUCGAUGCUGCAGUACCUCGUGGGCGCGAGUGAGGCUCCCGAGGACUUGCUCGUCAAGCUGGACACGCGCGGCGCGAGAACCGCGCUGCUGGAGUACCUCGACGAGACUGAGAAACUUCUCACCUCGCCGUCGCUGUCUUACCACCUCGGCGCCAACCGCAUCAUGGUGAAAAACCUGGCCACCCUGCGCAAAGCGGAGAGCGAGAGCUCGGGUAUCCUGGGCGACGAGCCGCUGGAGAAGUUGAGGGAGGUCAACACAUGGCUCGCGGUGUCCGAGACGUGCGUCACCCGAGGCUUGUACAUGAUCACGCUGAAGCGCGACGAGGUUGUGGAGAUUAAGCGAAA